AUGAUCCGCCGUUCUUCUAAGAAUCGUAUACCCACGUCUUCAUCGAUGGGCAAUCCCCGCACACCAGGGUCAGCGCCGUGUUUGCGACAAGUAAAUCUCCAGGUGCUCAUCAAGGGAUGUAUCAAACGCGUUCGAACGAAGUUCUCCAGGGCUCCGAUGUCCAUGGCUACGCUAUCUGUGCCCAUAUACCCUCCACUGAACGCAAGUGGCCAGCCUUCAGGAGAUGCCAAUCGUGAUGCUAUGAUUGAUGACCAGGGGAAGACCACAAGACCCACAAGGAUACCAAUGGCGCACAAGAAAUUCGUCAAAACAAAAUAUUUCUUUGAAAUGGCAGCAGCUGUGCUUGUUCUGGGAGCGGAAGCAAUUUCUACUAUGAGUGAUGUAUUUCCUCCUGCAAAGGCGGCUGUGGGUGGCGUGUUGCAUAUUAUUGAUAUGGAUCGGAAACUUCAGGUCGAUAAAGAGGAAAGCAAAAAGCUGGAGAUCUGGAUCGAAGAUCGUGGCAAGAUGCUGGGUGAUACUAUCUCGAGGGGGGCUGGCUUGUGUAACGAAUAUAAAGAGGCCGCUAUGCAACUAGACUGCAUACUGGUCGACGCCGCUGAGGCCAUUUCACUUGACUUACAUUGCAACUGGUUCAUUCGCUUGACUAAUCUGCGAAAACGAUCUGACCGACGACGUUGGAUCCGCGAGAAUGUUGAGACCGCGUUUGAGGACUUCCAGUUUCGGGUAAACACUCUUAACGCCCUCCGAAUAGCUAUAGUACAUGAUUCUCAGGUCUCUGUCCAUGCAGAGUACUCUGAUCAAAAGUCAAGGCUAAGCAUGCAUAGCUUAUCUGGUCGAAAAGAAACCAUUGAUAUCUCUCCAAAGUUAUCUGGACCAUUAUCUAUGAACCAUAUUUUGGCUUUUUUUUUUGAUGGAACUGUAACCGAAUUAGGUAUCCGCCUCAGUGCUAUGCAGUCGAGUGGCAAUUGA